AUGGGAUACAUCAGACGGUCCGUGGUUUUAGUGCUGUUUAUACAGCUGUUCGGACAUUCCGAACCGAAAACGAUCGUUUACAGUUCAUACACGAGCGAUCCUUCCGCAUCGGAAAGCCGGCAACGUGGUGCCGCACACCAGUACCCAUUUGCUAGUGAUACCCAGCAGGAUGCUAGUGAAUCCACCGGGAGAGGGUUUUCCAGUGCGGGCGGCGGAGGUGCAAGCUUCCCAUACGCCAUCCAUCCCGAUUUCCUGUCGAAACCGGUGCAGGUUCCAAGACCCAAUGUCGGCUACAAAUCGCCCAAGUACAUUGUGUAUCCGAGCUAUUCCCAAAACAGCCCGAACAGCGUACCAUACUACAACGCUCCAGUAGCAAUGGACCGAUUUGCGCCCGGAGAAGCGUACGGUGGUACGAUCUACAAACUAAAAAAGCAAAAACAAAACGUCCAAUCCGCACCGUUUUCACCGAUUGCGGCAGCGUCAUUUAACAGUCCGGUUAGUGUUCCUUCACCGGGUGCCCUACGGCCUGCCGCCUCCGAUAACAGCCCGGUCAGUGUCCCGGCACCACCGAGCCCAUCAGCCAGCGGUCCGUCACCACCAGCGUCGCCUGGAAUGCAAGGUGCGCCAAUCUUUAUGCCUACGCCCGUACCCGACACUGGUGAGGAUUCGUCGUCAUCCGAUUCUACCGACCCGCCGAACACGAAUUCGACGAUGGAUUCCUCCGAACUUAUCCUAUUCCCACCAAACUCCCACUCGGGCUAUUUACCACCGCCGGCAAACAGCGCAAAAGAUAUGAAACGUCCCGCUCAGAGCUCAUCUGUUGAAAGUGCUUCCAAACCAGCGGUCUACAAACCGCCGAAUGAUUUGUUCAAAUUUCCACCCAACAGCAACGCAAGUUCUCCGCCUCCCUCACCCGAACGGUCGAAAAACCCGGUAACGAGCUAUUUGCCACCACCUUCGGGUGAUAUCACCGGGCGCGUGGUGAAUUCCAAUCCCGACCAUACGGAUUAUAAAGGUUCUGCGGAGCUAUUUAAAUUUCCACCCAAUGUAAAUUCGGGCUAUCUUCCGCCGGUGGACGAAGAAUCCCCGGACGAGCACACGGGUACGAGCUACGGGGCGCCUCCUUCAGGCGAUCCUAGUGCACCUUCGAAUUUGAAACCGGUCGCUACCAACGACGGACUCAAUCCGACAACCUCCCUUGAACCGAACAUACUUCACAGAUUUCCUCCCAACACGCUGUCUAGCUAUUUGCCUCCGGAUGGCAAAACGUUGCCCACGUACACGGGCACCAGCUAUAUUCCGCCACCGUCCGGUGAUCCACAGGCACCUACCAAUAUGAAGCCUUUGCAAAUGGCCAACCUGCCACCAACCAGUCCUACUACAGGCGGUACUUUCAAAUUUCCACCCAAUAUACAUUCUGACUAUCUUCCACCGGUGGGGAAGGAAUCUCCCCAAGCAACCGGUACCAGUUACCUACCUCCACCUUCGGGCAAUCCGAACUCACCAGCCAACUUGAGCCCCCCCAUGACUCCCCUCAAUAUGUACGUGCCGCCGGUGGAUUUGUAUAACUUUCCACCGAAUGUGCAUUCCCAAUACCUGCCUCCCAUGAAUAAUCCCCCAAGACAGAACAACGCUGUGACCAGCUAUCUUCCUCCUGCUUCCGGCAUUCCAGGUGACGAUGCCAUCGGCACCAUAUCGGUUGGUCCCGGCAAGCCACAGUAUUUGCCCCCCUAUGCUGAUAAUGGACCACCAAUGCAAACACCGCCACCUCCUGCACCGAUGGCAAUGAUGCCAAACAAAAUGCCUCCAAUGUCGAUGGCGAUGAUGCAAGCGAUGGCCGGGCCACCUACAGGACCGUCCGGAAUGGGUGCAGAUUACGAUCAUCAGCAUCAGGAUCAUCACCAUGAUCAUGAUUUUCCGUACUUAUCCGGGUUUGACCAUGAUCACUAUCCGGAUAUAAUUUUCGAUCACGACCACGACCACCACCAUCAUGAUGAACCGAUGACUACACCUGCCCCACCGCCGCCACCACCUCCGGCACCGGAAACGCCUAGGCUCAAAAAUUACAGCUACUACUACCUGAGUCGUACGCUCUGGUAUGUGCCACUGUACUUCACGCUGUACUUUACGUUCUACGUAGCAAUUCUGAUCAUACGCUCCAUCGCUCGACAUAAGGUAAACCUUCCGAACCAAUGGGUCGGUAAUACGCGAUCGUUUGGCAGCAUACGUGAUCUGAGUGAUAAGGAAACGCAGCAAAAGGCAACCAUGAUGGCAACGUUUGCGAUGAAACAGAUUGAAGAUUUUAGAGAAAAGUACUUGUAA